ACCACAAAAUUGCGAAUUCGAGUUUGUUAACACAAUAACACGUUAAAUUCCGAAGUACAAGUAUUGUUGUUUCUUGUUUCUAUAAUAUCUAUACUCGUCAGUAUAAAUUACAAAUUUAAAAUUCUCACUUAAUUGUAAUUUAAUCCACCUACCAAGUCUAUAUCCGAUACAUAUCUGUUAAGUGUUAAUUAUUUUUUGUCAAUUUAAAAUACUAAACUAAACCUCUAAUACGGCGUCCCGUCAACUAUGUCUGCUCACGACCAAAUGAGAGCCAUGUUGGACCAGCUCAUGGGCACUGGCAGAAACGGGGAAACAAGUAGAUACCAAGUGCAGUUCAAUGAUCCAAAAGUCUGUAAAAGUUUCUUAUUGUAUUGCUGUCCUCAUGACAUAUUAGCAUCUACCGUACAUAUAUUAUACAGAAUGAAUUACUUAUAUUUUACCAUUAGUAUUGAUCAGGCUGAACUCCGAACAAAAUUGUUCAAACUUUUUUCUUGUAAAUUUUUUUACCAAACAUUUUAUGAGCUAAAAAAAAUUGCUUAUCGUCAUAUACUAUUUAAAUAAUAU